UUGGAAGUGAGAUUUGAUUAGAAGGUCAUUUGGAGAAUGGAAUUGGUAAUAGUGUGAUUGAUUCUGUACAAAGUAUGGAUGGCUUGGAGAAGCAUGUGUCCGUGAAGGUUGAAUGUUGUGGCUCUAAUGAGAAUAUGGGUACUAAGGAUGAAAUAUGUGACGAUCAGUGGCGGAGCUAGAAGGGACAAGUGUCAAAAAAAAAAAAAAAAAAAAAAAAAAAAAAAAAAACGCGCUGCGCUGCUAUUCUGCUAAGAGCGUAGGACAGAAAGAAGAAAACAAAAACCAAACCCUAAUUUUUCAAUUUUCAGUUUCUCUCUCUUCGAAGGCGGAAGGUCUCAAGGUCGACAUUGAUUCGCCGUCGCCGUUCGCCGUGCGUGGGGUUUCAGGCGAAAGCUCGGCCAGACGCUGCUUCCACUGGCUGCUUCGCAAAUCUCAAAUUUCAAGUUGAUAAGUUCGCACUUCGCAAAUCUCCAGUUCGCUGUUCGCACUUCGCAAAUUCAAUUGGCCAAUUCACCCAAAUCAAUUAAUCAAUGGAGCUUUGAAUUUUGAACUGAGUCCGCCGCUCUCGCUCGUCGGCUCCACUCCCGGCACUCCGUCCCUCCGUCCGUCGAGUCGCCGCCGUCGCUGCUUCGUGAUUCACUGCUUCGUCCGUAUUACGAAUUCUCCAUUGAAACCGGUUCUGAGCUUACUUCUCUCCAUUACAGCUGUUUCUGUGAUGGUAGGGUUUAUUCGAGAGUUUUCGAAACAGGAGGAAGAGAGUGGUGCUAAUCAACAAAAGUUUAAAACUUUGAAUUCCACAGAAACAUUCAGGUUUGAUUUUGAGGGUUAUUCAUCUGAAUUUGGCGGGUUUCCUCUCGCUUCUGUUGAGCCUUUUCUUGAUUUUGAUUCGAUUAAGGAUUGGAUUGAAGAAAUGCAAGGCCCUGAUAAUGCAGAGUCUAAUACAACUGAAGUUGGAAGUGGGAUUUGUUUAGAAGGUCAUUUGGAGAAUGGAAUUGGUAAUAGUGUGAUUGAUUCUGUACAAAGUAUGGAUGGCUUGGAGAAGCAUGUGUCCGUGAAGGUUGAAUGUUGUGGCUCUGAUGAGAAUAUGGGUAGUAAGGAUGAAAUAGGUGGCGAUAAUAGUUUGGUGAAAUUAGAUGGAUUUAAAGAUUGUGUUAUGGAUAGUUUAAUGAAGAAAGAUGAUUUGGGUAUCUCUGAACUUGCUGAAAUUAAUGCUGAUGGUCAUGAUGGUGACACGAAGAUUCUAGUUGGAGGUGGAGAUGAGUUUGUUGUUGGUGUAUUGGGUGAUAGAAGUAGCCAUCAAAUUGAGGGUGUGGAUUGCUCGAUUGAGGAAGGAUUGGAGAAGGUUACUUUGGUUGGCAAUGAGGAAGGUUUAAUUGUUGCUGGCAGUGGCAUGAAGAAAGUGGAUACUCCCAUUGUCAAUGAAAACAAAGAUUCAAACUCAGAGUCUGAGUGGGAGACUUCAUCCUCAUCUUGUGCAUCAUCCUCAAGUAGUGAAAGUGACGAAGAGGAGGAGGAGGAGGAGAGGUUGAAAGAAAAAGAGAAGUUAAGUGAAAUCAAGAAAGAGAAGACAAUUGACAUAGAAGAAGGUCAAAUAUUGGAUUCUGAUGCUGAGAAUAUGGUUUUCUGGUCUGAGAACAAUGAGAAGGAGGAGGAGGAUGACGAUGACAAUUCCGACGAACAUAGUGAGGAAUUUAUAUUUGAUGAAGAUAUGAUUGCGGAUGAAGAUGAAGAUACAGUUAAGGGACCCAUCAAGUCAGUGAAUGAACUGAAGCAGGCUCUUCCUCCAGUGCCUCCAGUAAAUGUUACUCUACAGCCAUGCCAUGAGAUAUUGCCUGUGGGAGUUGUCUCCUCUGUUUUAGAUGCUCAAGUUAUUGUUGAAGGGUCAGAGAAGCAUGAUCCUCUCAAUGAGGGCUCAAUAUUAUGGAUAGCUGAGGGAAGAUUGCCACUAGGAAUUGUGGAUGAAAUAUUUGGGCCUGUCAAAACCCCAUACUAUAUUGUGAGAUAUAAUUCGGAAAGUGAAGUUCCCCCUGGUAUCCAAAAUGGCACUUUAGUUGGCUUUGUCAUGGAGUUUGUAGGGCAUGUUCUUAAUGACAAAAAUCUUUACCAGAAAGGAUAUGAUGCUUCUGGUGAGAACGAUGAAGAGGUGUUGGAGGAGUUUGAUUUCUCUGAUGAUGAGAAGGAGGCGGAAUACAAGAGACUGUUAAAGAUGUCAAAGAGAGGGAACAGUAGUACCCAAGGGCAGGGACCUGGGAACAAGAAAAAGAACAGAAGCAGAGGCAAAACAUGGACAAAAGAUCAACCAUCUGCCUCUCAAUCUCCAACAGUUCAAUCAUCACAACCAACAGUCCAACCAUCACAACCUAGGCGAAUGCAACAACAUAUGGGCCCCUAUGUACCAUCCUCAAGCGAGGAGAAUCAGUUUGGCCCAUCUCCAACUGGGCCAGUGUUCUCUGGCAGACCUUAUGUACCGUCCUUAAGUCAGGGUUACCAGUUAGGUCCAUCUCCAAUGGGGCCAUUUUUCCCUAGGGGGCCCACUCCAUCUCCUCAGCAACUCCAACAAGCUGGAUUUCUAUUAAAUGGUUUACUUGCGAAUGGGAUACCAUUCCAACAGCAGAAUAUGGCUUUUCCUGGUGGCUUUCAAUUACAGGGUAUGCCAUGGAUGCAACAAAAUCAUCCCCAGAAUCUUCAAGUGGCUUCUGGAUCACCUAUGCCAUGGCAGCAACAACAGCAUAUUUCACAGAUGCCUAUGACAAAUCCAGCCUUGUGUCAGCAGCCGUUUGAUCUCAGUCAAUUGGUGUCUGGAAGUAGUGCUACAUCACUUGGACCUAUGAACUUUGCUGCAGGGCAGAUAAACACACCUUGGGUUGGGAUGAUCGGCCAAAAUCUCUCCAAUCAAGCUCCACUAAACGUAGCUCUUCAAGGCCCAGGCUCUCAGUUGCCUGCACAGCAAGGGCAGAGCUGUAAUUCCCGGCCCCCAACUACUUUCCACGGUAAUGAUGGGGCUUCUCCUCAGUUCAGUCAGGGCCAAUCUUCAGGCAGAGGUGGAAGAGGUCGAGGAAGGAAGCCAUUUCACCGCAGAGGUGGUCACUUUGGUAAUGGAAGAAGUCGUCAGCAGCCAAACUGAUCUUUUGUUUGUUAUGGCAAUUCUAGUGUAACUUUGCCCAAUUUUGAGAUGUAAGCUUAUCAAGCCUGUGCAUCGCACUAGCUGUCAGACUAUUUUUUUUUUAUAAUCUAAAAGUUGUUUUUUCUCUCUCA